AUGUCUCUGGCGGCUGUGACUGGAGAAGGCGAGCGGCAGCGGCCCCCCAUAGCUAGCACCCAGGGCUUGGCCCGGGGCUGCGGCGGGCCCGCGCGGGCGGAGCUGCUGGGCCUCGCGCUGCUGGGCCUCGCGGUGCUGCUGGGCCUCGUGCUGUACCUGGUGCGUGCAGGACCGUUGGUAGCGUGGCUGGCCGUUGGCGCUACCACGGUCUGGUGGCGACUGAGCCGCGAGCCCCGUGGCCCGCGCGCCGUGCCGUCGUCGUCGUUCGUUCGCAGCCAGCGAACACUGCUCGUCUCGCCUCUGACCAACGCGGCAGCAAACGGAAAGCUCCUAGAGCCUUGGACUCUGUUCAAAGGACUCAAACCCGCUGAACUGCUCCUCAUGGGCAGCUACCUGGAUAACUACCUGGAUAAGCCCGGCCCUCCGCAGCCCGCCACCGCGCAGGAGGGCAGGGACCUGAGGGAGCGGCCUGUCCGCCGCCUGCCCACCCGCUCCUGGCCACCUACACCUGCGGCCCAGCGGAUCCCGCAGCGCGGUUACCCCUCUCUCCCGACCCCUUUCCACCGACCCCCCAGGAGGUCUAUGCAUAGGGAUUGUGGGACUUUAGCCAAUCCCUUUGUGAUAGCUCCUCCAAGACACCAUCCAAUUCAGCAGGCCCAGUAUUCCAUGCUAGGGGUACUGCCCACGGUGUGCUGGAAUGGUUGUCAGAAGAAGGCUGUGCUUUCGGUUCAGAACUCAAAGAUGGUGUGCAGCCCAGGGACUGUGAGGAUUGCCCCUCCGGAUAGCAGGUUAACUCGUCGUCUAAUACCAGGGCGGUUAAUCAACUCAACCCUGCCCUCACCAUCUGGUAAUGUCCCAGACUCAUGUGCAAAAGAGAAUGGUCUCAAAGAGGGGAAGAAAAGGAUUGCGGAGGAAGACGACCAAUUACUUGUUGAUGGUCAGGAGAAUAAGAGGAGACGCCAGGAUAGCAGUAGGAGUGGACAGUCUCCAUCUGUGCCCCUGGUGGCCAAUGGAGGCUCCACUUCUUCUGUGCCUAACCCUGGGUCUCUGAAAAGAGUUCUCCCUUCCCAGAGCUCAGGAGAAGAUUCGAGUAAGCGAUCUUGUACCUCGCGGGUUCGCUCCCUGACAAGCACAUGCGGCGUCCGUUGUUCCGGCUGCAAUAGGAUCACCAGUUCUUACAGUUCUACCGGAGGCAUCUCUCGCCAGCAGCUGUGGAAGAGGAGUGGCUCCAUUUCAUCUCCCUUCUCUAGCCCAGCUUCCUCCCCAGAGAGGCCAGCCAAGAAAGCGAGAGAAGAGGAGCCACGUCAGCAUUCCAGUUCUUCGACUCCUCCAGUGGCCAACAAGGAGUCCCAGGGAGAAAGGGCUGUGGACACUCCCACUCAGAAGCAGCAGAACUCGGGGGCUUCCCCAUCUACACCCGGCAGCUCCAGACAACGGAAACGGAAGAUUCCACUGCUGCCCAGGCUUCGGAACCAACUGACCUUGCCUUCACCACCUCAGCUUGGUUAUCCCAUCACGGCUGAGGACUUUGACCUGGAGAAGAAAGCUUCGCUCCAGUGGCUGAACAAGGUCUUAGAGGACAAGACUGAUGUUCCUCCUCUGAAGUUGGUCAGUGAGAAGCCACCCGACACUCAGCCUUCUUUCACCCUGCCUGCUGCGAAUACCACUUUCUCAGCAGCCUCCUGGCCAGCCGUAGGCACUAGCCUGAAGAAGACGCAGAGUGUCCCAGGGCCAUCCCUCCCAGAACCUUCAUCUCUGAAGACACCCAGUCUUCUGGACUCUCUUGGCUCUUUACCAUCAGGGCCCCUGCCAGAAACCUCUUCAGACUCAAAACCCACAGCCACUUUUUUGGGACUGGUCCCUGCUUCCUCCACAGCACCAGUCGCUGACACCAAGUCACCUCCAGCCCUUCAGGCUGACACAUCUACCCCCUCUCCCAUGCAAGGAGUGCUGUUUGGUGGCAUGUCAAACAGCGAGACCUCUGACCUUUCCUCCCCAGGUGCCCUAGCCAUGUCUUCUCCCACCUUCAAGCCUAUUUUUGCAAUGGCACCUAAAAGUGAGAGUGAAGGCCCCUUGCCAUCCAGUCUAGCCAACCUCCCCACGAUGACCACCAGCACUACCACCUCAACUUUUAAGCCCAUCUUUGGUGACCUAGGGCCACCUGUGGCUGUGCCCUUGCCUGCUCCCUUUUCCUUUAAGCCAACAACUGCUGUGACGGCUGCUGCAGCCCCAGCUGCCCCUCUGUUUGCUGGCCUGGCCACUGCCACCUCUGUCGUGGCUUCCACCACCACCACUACCACCACCACCACCACCACCACCACCACCACCACCAGUGUGUCCACAUCUUCUUUUGGCUUUGGGGUCAACAGUGUGGCCAGUACUGGGAGCAGCACAACUAGCAGCAUGACUUCCGCCUCUCAGCUCUUCCCCUUUGGGGUGCCCCCUGCUUCUGUCACCAGCUCUGCCAGGGCCAUGGGCUCUGAAUUCCAGUUUGGCAGGGCCCCCAUCAUGCAGACAUCCACAGCAGUGACCACCUUUGGCCAGUCUCUGCCUGGUGCUGUUCAGAUGGCAACCAGCAGCAGCAGCAGCAGCAGCAGCAGCAGCAGCAGGAGGAGCACUGCUGGCUUCUGUGGCUUCGGUGGCUCCCUCACAACCUCAGCCCUGGCCGCCACCUGCCAGCCUACACUGACUUUCAGUAACACAACCACUCCUGCAUUCAAUAUUCCCUUUGGCUUAAGUGCCAAGCACCCCGUCGCAGCAUACCCAGUAGUCAUCCCCCAGCCCAAAUUUGGGGCUGCCAAUGGGCAGCAGCAGAGGUCCACCAAGCCAUCCCUAACCCCAAGCUUUGGCAGCCCUUUUCCUUUUGGGAACUCUGGGGCCCCUGCCCCAUCUGUAGCACCAGUGCUAACGCCAAUGUCAGCGCCCGCGGCAGCGCUGGCCCAGCCAGCCCAGCCGGCCUUUGGCAGCUCAGCGCAGACGGGUUUUGGCUUGAAAACCACAGCCUCAGCCUUCAGCGUCCCUGCCAGCACAAAGAAAGCCUUUGGUGUAGUAGCCACCACCUCUGGCUUCAGAGCUACCACCCACACCACUAGCAGUGGGACCAGUAGCUCAGUGUUUGGCAGCUCAACUUCGUCCCCUUUCACAUUUGGGGGACCUGUAGCCCCAAGUGUUGGGCUCAGUGUGGCUGCCCCAGACACCAACUCCACCUCUGGGGCAUUCAAUUUUGGACCUGGACAGAGUGGUACCACAGGAACCACCACCCCCUUUGUGGGGGUCUUAAGUCAGAAUGCCCUGGGGAUUCCCAGCCAGGGCACACCAUUUGCCUUUAACGUGGCCAGCACAUCUGAGAGCAAACCUGUGUAUGGAAGCAUCUCCACACCUACCUUUGGGCGGAGCACCCUAACCGCUGGAGUGGGCACAGCGGGCAACAGCCUUUCCUUUGGGGUGUCCUCUAUACCCACCCAAGGCUUUGUUGGAGUCGGGUCCUUUGGAUCAGCAGGCCCUUCAUUUUCCAUUGGUGCGGGACCCAAGACCCCAGGUGCUCGACCAAGACUGCAGGCCCGAAGGCAGCACACCCGUAAGAAAUAG